AAACCAGUAUAUGUCGCUGAAGAAGAGUGCCCAGUCUAAGCUGAGCAAGCCCAAGAUUUGGAAUAUUAAUUGGAAAUUACUUAGUAGUGAGGUUGAACCCAAGAAGAAGAAAAUAAGGCAUGUUGAGGUGAAGAGUGAGGAGGAGGGUGAACGGGUUGAGGAUUAUCAAGCAAUACCAGAAGUGUCAAAGGAAGCGUACCUUAAAGCGAUCAGAGAAUAUGUAAUAUCGAGUAAAUUUGAAGAGGAAUUUCCUACCAGAAAUCUGUGGUCUCAAAGGGAUUUGAAGAGCUCAGAGAAGCCUCUUUUUGAGGAUUAUGAGCCUUACUCUACAUUUAAAAAUAAACCUCUAAAUGCCUUGCAUGAAGACACGGAUAGCAUCACAAGUCAAGUUAAACUUGAUAUACCUUCAAGGAACAAAAGCAGGCUAUUUUCUCAGCCGAGGCUUGCUCAAAAGAGCCCUUCCCUAAUUCACCACUAUAAACUACUUAACAAAAUGAGAAUGAACCAGAAAUCUAUAAGAGGUGGUGAGGACUAUGUACCCCUUAGUACACACAGGAAGAGAAUGUUGCCUGAGCUUUUUAAAGAAAAAGAAAUGUAUUGAACAAUGAAACCUCUAAGCCCAAGGACGAAGUUAGAAGGAAUCAAAAGGAAAAUGGCUCAGAAAUUUAUACAAAACAAAUGCGAUUUCUCCGAAAGUGUUUUUAGAGGCUAA